AUGAAUAUUCUCUUAUUACUGUAUUAUUUCACCACCGCAACUAGCGCAUAUGCUCAACGAAUACCGACCAGAGCUACCGUUCCGGUUGAGCCAUCACCACAUUUGUCAGCAGUUCCCGUGCAUCGUCCAAAGGUGUCAUCAUCACAAAUCAGUCCUAAUCCUGAUCGCAUACAUAAUGCGCUUGAAUUUACUCCAUACUAUGGAGUCCCAUUCGGGCCUGAUUCCGGUGAUCAUGAAGUAUUCCCAGGUAUGUUGAAUCCAGGAGAGAUGAUCAAUCUUCACAUGUAUUUUCCAUUCUACGGCGGUCUUUAUAAUUACACAAUUAUUUCCGCUAACGGAUAUAUUGGUUUUGCUCAGUUGUAUACUCAAGGCCCAAUUCUGAAUGUUGGCGUUGAAAAUACUGAUUGGCCGAGGCAACCAGAUCCAGCAAUGAUUGCGCCAUGGCUUUGCAAACAACAGGUAAAUCAAGAUUUACAACCUGGUAUGAAAGCAGGUGUAUAUUAUAGACUGAUCUUAAGACAGUCGCUAUUCGGUCAUGAAUCGACCGCAAAUUAUCCUUCCGCAAUGUCAUCGCAAUCUAAAUUUUUCACACAACCAGCCAGUCAAGCUUGUCAAGGCACACCGGAUUCAUACAUUCAGUGCAAUCAGCAAAGUGAUCUUUUCCUAGAGCAAAUGAUGGUGUGGUUACAAGAAGGUGUCGUGGGUGCAUCUGUUUUUCGAGCCGACGCUGCAUUAGUGGUAACAUGGCUGAACACAGCACCUGGCAUAUCCGGAAAUACUGAUUUGGGUGGCACUGCCACUUAUCAACUCAUAUGGCUGGCUGAUCAGACAGCGAAAUUGAGUUAUGUGAUACUGAACUACGAUAAACUUGGAUUUGAUGCUGAUGAUUUUCAUUUCAAUUCGAGAAAUGGACGUUGUCAAGCGCUAUUCAACGGUGGCAAUCAUACAGGCACAGUACACGUUGAUCCAACGAUCCAUUACAAAGAAUCACCAAAAAUCUUAGCUCAACGAUCCGGUGUUCCGCAUAUGGUGCGUGGUCGGUAUAUGUUUCGCGUCGACGAUAUUGUCAGACCUGGAGGAUGCUCGAACAAAACUGGUGGAACUUAUCCGAUGUUAAUCUAUCCGAAUAUAGUGAACAUGCUAGGUGAAACAACAGUUGAUGUGAACGCGAUGUGUUUAGAAAGAUCGCACACGUACAUACUGAUGAUUGAACAACGUCAAUCCGCUACCUGCGUUGUAAUGAAUCCUUCGAUUGCACGAUGCUAUUUACCGAAGGUUUUUGACUGGGGUACAAAAACAGUCUACUUCCAGGCUCAGAAGGGCAAUCUGAACGCUCAACAAGAUAAAGCCUUUGUUGGAUACAUUUACUUCGUACCACCUACCAUUGAUCCAAUAAGAUUGGACAUAGGCAACGUGAAUGAUUGGUUCAAAAAUCCAGUUCCUUUCCAGAGAAUGCCAAUUUCAUGGUAUCCACGAAACUUCACAAAUUCUGAUGUAACGAUUCAGAAUUACAUGGCGGUUGAGAAUGAAGAACUUUAUAGCGUGCAGCUCGGUCUUUAUGUGAUUGGCUAUCGGGAAGCGCAAGAUGACCAGAUUGAGCAUUGGUACUUAAACAGUUGGGAACGGGAAAAUCUCCUUUACACGUACCGAUUUGGUUACAUGAAGCUUGCGCCGAUCGAUACAAACGAUGCCACUGGGCUGAAUCUUUUGCCGGGACUGGUAUCGUCACCAAUAUCGAUACAUUGGCUGUGGUCACCGACUGAUACAGCAGAGCAGUUCAAUGUUGAUAACUUCAGUGAACAGGCUCAAAAAGCUCGUUUAGAAUUCGUUGAAAAGAAAGCGACUGAGAUGUGUCAUGAUUGGUUUGCUGAAGACGGUGCGCAAUACAAUUUUAUUCGUUACACUGAAACAAAUGCAUCGUGUCCGUGUGUUGAAAGUCAAGCAAAAAUUGAUUUGGGGCGUUUCAUGCCUCAUCCAAGAUGCUCACAGAUUCUUCGUGAUAUUUCAUGUGAUACAACGCUUGGUUCACAGAACUGUUAUAUAUCCGCUCAAAACGUUUACACUUCUUACUACGCCGGUGAUGGGCAACAAUUUAACGCUGACAGCACACCGCCGUUCGAAACACACUAUGGGCAAAUGUGUUGCUAUGAUGGAGAAGGUACACUGAUGCAAUCAAACUAUGAACCACUCUUAAAAAUUACUGAUCAGUAUCCUUACAAUCCUGGAUAUCCAACACGAGCGUACGAGUUCGGUACCUAUCCGUUUAUAGGCUAUGUACAAGGAGCAGGUUCAUUCACAACGUUGGACAAUCAAAAGUUUGUGUUCAACGAGCCUGGCGUAUUCACCUUACUUCAUAUUCCUAAAACGUUAACGAAUCCCGAAGUGCGAAUUCAAAUUCGACUCGAACGAUAUCCAAAUAGAAGGGUGGAUUUCGGUUUAUUGGGUCGCUAUCUAUCGCAAGCUGAUUUGGUGCAACCAACGAAUGCAACCGUAGUGACCGGAAUUGCUCUUGAGGCAACUGGUACGGAUCGAGUGAUCGUUAUGGUACGUAAGGAUACGAGACGGUUCAGGUAUCGAACAAGUGUGAUCGUUGGCAAUAUCAUACGCUACUUCGAUAACAUGAAGUUGCAGAAAUUCAAAGGUGUAGUGAUUUAUGUGAAUAACGUUGAACACGGUCAAGCUGAAGUAUAUGUGGUGUUAGAGGAAGCACAAAUUGGUGUUCGAAUUCGUGAAUCGUAUGCACUCGAUAUCGCUAGAUUAUCUGGUUAUCAAGAGAGUUUGGGUUUAUUGGAUAUUGAGCUGAGUGUACCACCCAGAUAUGGAGUGCCUCCGAACGGUGGUCAACCAUAUCGUCAACAGUUUCCUUCGAUGUUCAAGUAUCCGCCAGUCACCGGAUUGAUGAGACCAAAUUCUGUUAGCGGUCUUCUGAAUGUGCCUCUUACGAUUGACGAAGUGAAUCCUGCAUCACUAUUACAGCAACUGAUCGCUAAUUAUCGGAUACCAGGAAGUGGUUUGCCUGAUGUGCAAACACCUAUUAUCAAUGCUGUAGGCACAUCAAAAGUGGAGAACAUGUUCACGACGAGCACUGAAAACGAUAAAAGAUAUGAGGUGUUUCCCGAAUGGGCCAUCAAAAGUUUACCAGUCUACAAGACAGCUGAAAAAUUCGAUCGGUAUCCGUAUCAGUUCAAUCCUAAAGACGGUGCUAUGCUCACUCGCCUGUUAGAAACUUGUGAUAAUUUGCAAAGUAAUGUAAAAGUGAAUGUUUUCGAAGUGAAACGACAAAUCAUGCAUCAGUAUGGUAGAUCAGGCUGCCCAAAUGAUCCACGUGAAGUUUUGGAUGAAUGCGUUGAAAGUGUGCCGUGUCUUUAUGACUAUACGAUGCUCGAUUCAAAAGUUCUCGGAAUUGAAGGCAAAAAAGAAUGGAUUAUAUUCCAGUUGGAACGUACUGUCGGCUCGAAAUACUAUAAUAGUUGCGGUGCAAUAAUGAUCGAAUAUCCAUCAUAUAUGCUGAAAACACCUGCAAUGGCACCGGCCUAUUUGGAAGGAGAUGUAGCAAGUUUCAGUUGCUAUCAAACGCAUUGGAUUAAAGGCGAUUAUGAAUAUAAAUGUAGUGAAGUCCAAAAUUGGGAUGGGACUUAUGGUGUUGAAUGGAAUAAAGGCUGGCAACCGUGGUGUCGUUCGCGUUCUAAAGAUACUCUUUAUCAAUGGGUUACGGGUGCUUGU